AUGGUUGAUCACAUCACCAAGACUUGCUCUGCAGCGUUUUACUAUCUUUGUAACAUUAGAAGAAUUAGAAAAUAUUUAACAAAAGAAUGCACGGAGACACUUAUUCAUGCCUUUAUAUCUAGUCGCUUGGACUAUUGUAACAGCCUCCUAUUUAGAGUUCCUGAGUGCCAUCUUCACAAAUUACAGAGAGUCCAGAAUGCAGCUGCACGCCUUAUAAUCCAGGAGAGCAGAUUUUGUCAUAUCACACCUCUGCUCAAAUCAUUACACUGGCUGCCUGUAAAAUAUCGCAUAGUUUUUAAAAUUAUCUUAAUUACUUUUAAAGCAAUACAUGGUCUUGCUCCGGCCUACAUAAGUGAGCUGAUUUCUGUUAGAGACACCGGAAGAUAUGAUUUCCGUUCCAAUAACGGCUUACUCCUUGCUCCUUGCAGGGGUAAAACACUCACUACGCUCGGCGAU